GGACAACUGUCCGACGCUUCUGCUUCUUCUCACCCAACGAAGGCCUCACGGCACAGAAGAUCUGGUGUGGAAAAGCUGUGUUGAGAGAAGAAGCAAAGAUGACAUAUUUUCACACGAUGAACUGCUGCCUCACGACCUUCGGGCCCUUCGGCGUGCUCUACUACGGCACCGGACUGUAAGAAUGAGAAAAACAGAAGAGAGAUCUGCACAGCCGCCAUCUCCUCAAUCAAUCAUGCUGUGCUGCAGGUGGGAGUACAGCGGCGCGCUGGGGCUGUGCUUGUUUGCUGGGAUGUACUACACCGUCACACAGAUCAUUAAGGUGAAGCACGACAGCUGUUUGCAAGCUGAUCCAUCUGUGUGUGUGUGGUGUGCAGCUGUUGCUGCUCGUGACGAUCAUCCCAUCGGGCGAGACCACGUCGAUAUCGCAGGCGUGCAGGCAGAGGGAGCGAUUCAUCUGACGGCUCUUGGGUCAUGCCUGUGUCCGUGUCUGUCUGUCUGCGUAUGCCCAUGCAUCAGGAGCUCUUUCGCAACUGUGUCAACCUGGCUGACGCCGUGGGCAUGCACCUCAUGCUGCAGAGCAGGUGAGCAGCUGGAGCCAUACACACACACACAGGCACGGGCAGCCGGCUGGAGCAUGGCGUCUGUGUGUCUUACGCAGGCGGAGCGUUGGCUUCGAGCCCAACACGCGGCUUCUGGGCGUUGGCCUGGGUGAGAUGAGAUACGUAACAGAGAUCCGGCCCGUGCGUAUCUCACCAGCAUUCGACAGCAGUUUUCUGCCUGUGUGUGUAUCUGUGUGUCGUUGUGUGUGUGUCAGGCUGGGCGGCGGCUGACGCCAUCUUUCAGCACAUGAUCGCAUUCCUUGUCGGUGAGAGAGGGACAGAGAGAGGGACAGAGGGAGGGAGGGACGGAGGGAGGGAUUAGCAGAGAAGACAGGCAGAGCUUCAGACAGAGAGUGAAUAUGGCAAUAAGGGCGGCGUGAUGAAAACACAUAUUAGGAUCAACCAACUGACUCCACAAUGGAGACAAAGGGAAUGUUUUCCUGACCCCAGCACCCAAUCCGUGCAGCAGACAGGAGACGACCCUCGCCAUGCGCUGCUGCUGACAUGAAUGCAUGGAUUCGUCUGUCUGUGUGUGUGUGUGUGUGUGUGUGAAGGUGCGACCGGUGCCGAGUUCGAAUGGACCUUCAUUCAGAGGGCGAUAAGCUCCAAUAUCAACAUGGUAUACACGCGAGGCUGGCUGGCUGGAUGACACGCUUCUAUGCUGCUUGGUGUUUCGCCUGUCUGUCUGUCUGCAGAUCGCACAUUUGGUCUUCACCGUGCUUGUCUUCAUCUACGGCAGGAAACGGCUCUACGAAAAGUGAGCACAGUCUCCCACCCAAAUGGCCCUCAUUGCCUAUCCCUCCCUCCCUCCGUCCGCCUGUCCAUCCGUCAGGUACACGUACCCCGUCCUUGCCAUCGGUCUGCUGCACCUUGUCGGCAUGCCCACCAUACAAAGGUACACACACGCACACACAGACAGACAGACAGACAGACAGACGUCCCAAGCCACCACGCUCAUAAAGCCUCUGUCAUGCCCCCCGCCCAGUGUGUUCUUCACCUCGCCAUCUGCUGGUGGGGCAGAGGGGGGCGCCGUCAACCCCUGGAGCAGCGGUGUGGCGGGGUGGAGGUUUCUCAUGCUGCAGUUCGUCUUGGUCAACAUUGCCGCAGGAUACUGCUGGUGAGGGCAGUGCGGCACGGCAGUCGUUGUUGUGUCGAUGGGACAUCCACAUGGCUGUGUCUGUGAGUGUGUCCAGGUAUGUGUAUGGGUCGCGGACGGCAGCGGCGGACAAGGACAGAUGACAGACAGCUCCUUGACGACAGACACGUAUUGAUUAUUCGAUACGGUCUUAUCGAAUAAUCUCGUCG